GUAGCUACAUACGCGAUGUCGUCAUUCCAAAUAUAAUAAACACGAGUCUCAUUCGCAGCGUUUAUUAGUCGUUAAGUAGUUAAACAGCCAGUGUGCACACUCAUUUAAAAAAAUGACAAGGCGUCUUGAAAAUCUUUGAAGGCAACGUAUAUUUUUAUCAGUAUUGAUACCGAUAGCAAUGAAACGUAUCGCAAAAUAUAUCCAACUUCUCGGCCGUCUUUUAACGUGAACGAUACUUUUGUCCAGUGAAAAAAAUUUGUUCUCAGCAAUCAACUCAACAAACUCAUCGCUGUAUAUUUGUUUAUCGAUAGUGGGAUAUGUUCCUAAUGAACCUUGUGAAAAGAAUGACGUAACCUAAAGAAAUUUUGAUUAAAAAAAACUUUUUAGUUCUAAUAUAAUUGUAAAAUCAGUGCGUAAGAGGUAACUUCGUUUGCAUUGCAUCGACAAUUAUUGCAGUCUAAAAAAAAUGCUUUCUCCCACACACGAAGACCAUCGUUUGAUUCAGAUGGAACCCAGCGUUGACGAAUUGAAGAAAUGGGAACGAGAUGGAAUAAUUUAUCAAAUAUUGAUGUGCUUAUGCGUCAAUGUUGUCAUGCUGGGUCCAUCGAUGGGUUUUGGCUACAGUGCCGUGGCGGAGCCUGCGAUGAGAGCCCCAAAAACCGACGAUGUGCAACUCGACGCCGUUCAGGCAAACUGGAUGGCUACUGUAUCAGCAAUAGGUACACCCUUCGGUUGCAUAAUCUCGAGCCUCGUGAUGAGACGAGGAAGGAGGAUCAGCCUGUUCAUGACGUCGUUGAUCUCACUGGCGGGUUGGGUGACAAUUUACACGUCGAACAGUUACAUGCAGAUUCUGGUGGGGAGAACAAUUUCCGGUAUAGCUACGGGGAUGUCGGCGGUUCCGAUAACGGUGUUCGCGGCGGAAAUAGCGGGAUCAAAAUGGCGAGGUUCAAUGAUCACGUGUACCAGUAUCAGCACCGCUCUAGGUCUUCUCAUCGUUUACAUCUUUGGAUAUAUUUUGAAGGAUGACUGGCGGUUAGUGGCCUUGAUGUGCGCUCUAUUUCCACUGAUGGCGAUCGCUCUGAUUUUGCUAGUAAUACCAGAAUCACCACUAUGGCUGCGGGAUCAGAAUCGGCCCGAUGAAGCGCUAGAGAUCAUGAAAAAAUUUCGCGGCGUACCAAAGGACCAACCAGCUCCGGCGGAACUUUUGUUCGAGCUGAAGCCGCGGGCGCAGAAGAAGAAUCAAAAUCUGCUGCAGCAGCUGCUGAAGAGGAAUUCCCUGGUGCCGUUAGCCAUAAUGCUCACGUAUUUCUUCUUUCAGCAAUUCUCUGGACUCUUCGUUAUCAUAUACAACGCCGUCGAUAUUAUGGACAAAUCUGGAAUCCAGGUGGAUCCUUACAUCGGCGCCGUCCUGAUAGGCGUCGCACGUUUCUUAACCAGUCUCAUAACGGCCAGUGUGUCUCAAAAAUACGGCCGACGGAUCCCAUCGAUGAUUUCCGGCAUCGGGAUGACAAUUUUCAUGGGCGCCCUAUCGCUCUACCUCUACCUGGCCGAGAACGGAACUGUCAUGCCGGACAAGGGGGUGAUCCCGGUAGUGUGCAUGAUGCUGUACAUCUUCAUGAGCACUCUGGGUUACCUGGUGAUCCCGUUCGCCAUGUUGGGCGAGGUAUAUCCGUCCAAAAUCAAGGACAUACUAUCCGGCCUGACGGGCGCUACAGGUUACAUCUUCAGCGCGAUAGCUGUUAAAACGUAUCCUGAUAUGCUGAGACUGAUGAACAUGCACGGCGUGUUUCUCUUCUUCGCCAUUAUCUCUUUCGUCGGCGUGAUAUUCAUUUUGUUAUUCUUGCCCGAGACGAAGGGAAAGACUCUGCGCGAGAUCGAGGACAUGUUCUCCAAGAAGAAGGUCUUUGAGUUACCGGCGGAAGGGGUUGUCGAAGAAAGAGCAGCUUCAAACGUCGUCGGUCUUCUAAGAAAUUAAGAAUAUUUAUUGUUUAUAUGGACGAAAAAAAUAAACCGCGGAUCGUAAUUAGUAUUAGGUAUUUGAAGGAAGGCGAGAUCAAACCGUAAAUUGAUAAAAUAAACGUCACGUCGUUUUGUGAUGUUUCGAGAUGCAAUGAUUCAAAAGGUAUAAUUAAAAUAAUGAGAUAACUCAAUAUUUAUUUUAAAUACGAGAUCUCUUUUUAAUGUGUUGUAUAUUUUGUAAAGAUCUAAAGAAAUUGUAGAAUGAUGAUGUAAACAGUGUAUUAUAUGUAUAUCAAAACAUACCUUUAUAGUCGAAAUAAGUUCGCAAACUAUGUAAAUUUAGAGAUUAGAUUCGUAUCAGUCUGGGAUUCACAUAAAAGAGAUCUCGAGAAAGAUAAGACGACUUGUAUCGGAUUAUAUUUUAUUAAAAUCCAAUAUUUACCGUGCAAUACUUUGAGUGGAGCUAUAUCCUCUUAAGUAAAGUCCAAGGUUCCAUAAUAUCAUUGUAUUGUAAAUACUUUCUCAUCGCAGAAAGGUAGAUUAAAGUGUCAUCGUAUUGCUGAAGAUCUAAAAAAUGAUAUUGCGUAAAGUGUCGAUAAUACGUGUAAUUAAUUAAAUAUAAGACUUAUUCAUUGUGUAAUAUCACACUCUCGACAAUUAAAAAUAUUGAGACUUAAUAGUAUUAAAGAGCGGAGAAUAGGUUCUUAUCUAAGUGCUGAUCACAAACAAGUCGCGCAAAUAACGCAUCAUUAGUUUGUUUGCAUUAAAUCGUUCUUACGUAAGAUAGUUGUCUCGUGACAGUACAAUCCAAAAUUUUAUACUCUGAGUUAAAUCCGACUGCCUACGGUUACCGAUUGAAAACUUUUGGACUAUUUCUGUACUAUUUCUGUUUAUUGCCAAGUCAAUGUCCGCAACGUUGAGCAUCAUCUGUCUUUUCUUAACUUUCGGCGGGCCACGAAGUCUUUUUAUUAUUGCAUUUCUAAAACUAAAUGGUCAAUAUAAUUUCGGUUUUUUUUUUUUUAAAUAGAAUUCCUAAAAUAUCCUUUGUAUUAAUUUUUCAUCACCUUUUUGUUAUUCUUUCUAAUUAUUAAAAUUCAAAAUACGAGAUUUUCGUACGUUUUGCGUAUAAAAAAUGCAAUUUUUGAUAGCGAUUAUCUCGCGUUCGGGACGGUCAAUAAUUUUUAAGUUAUACAAACGUGUAGAUAUCACAUUUAUUACCGUAUAGUUAAAUUUUCAAAUUUUUCUUGUUAAUUGCGAUUUGCGAGACAACUACCUUAAUAGACGCUGGUUAAAUCUUUUGAUUUAUUCUCUGCGCGAUGAAGUCAACAGCCACGGUUUGCACGGUGAUAAUGAACGAUAACGAGCAUAGAAAUAUAUUCGCGUAUCACGUCAGAAUGCAUUUCUGCAUUCUGCAGUAACGUUGCAUACGUUAUUUACAUAUUCAAGAUUAAAGAGACUUUUCUGAUGCGAUCGGAAUUUACUCCGCGACUAGAAUAUCAUUUUGUGAACGAUUGUAUUUUAUAACGAGUUAUGUAUCUACUUUCUUUCGUACAAAUUAUUUUACGCGGAAAAGUCGAGCGAUUUUGUAGAACUUUAAAAAUUAUCAUUUCUAAAGUUCUCCCGCAGUUGAUCAAAUGUGAAUCAAUUUACAAUCAAAUUUACAAAUUCAUGUAAGCUAUAUUAAAAAUGUAUUGUACAUAUGACGAUUUGACGAUGUAAAUACAUACGUAUUAUAUAUAUACAUAUAU